AUGGCCUCCAAUAACGGCAUAUGGCAUAAGACUUCCGUUGAGGUCGUCAAAGAGCAGAGCCACAGUCGCCAUACCAUUGCUGGACAAAAACGGCCUCGCUCAGAAUCCGAACAUCCCACUGCACCGAGACCGACAACGCUGCCGAGCCAUACGACGCAUGUGCAUCGAGCGUCGAGUCUGCCUACAGGCCCUCCAAAGCUCACAGCAAGCCCGAUAAUCUCCUUGGCCGUUGCUCCCCAGGUCCCUUCUGAAUAUAGUCAGCGACGGAAUGUCCCGUCCACGCCAUCUUCGUCUUCGGACCCAUUGCUUGCUCUCGCUCAUCCAUUUUACGGGCUUCCUCGGCAGUUGGUACGGAACUUUUACAGCCUUGGUAUUAGAAUCAUGUACCCGUGGCAAAAGACUUGCCUGCGAGGACCAGGUCUUCUUGCCGGGGAGAGAAACCUUGUCUACAGCGCCCCAACUGGAGGUGGGAAGUCUUUGGUGGCUGAUGGCAAGUCAGCUCCUUUUCCUAGGGUGCUCGAGGACAAGAAUGCCAAAGUCCUGCUUAUCCUGCCUUACGUGGCACUCGUGCAAGAAAAAGUGCGUUGGUUGCGGAAUAUUGUUCAAGGCGUAUCGAAACCCAAGGAUGAGGUUGAGGAUACGAAACGUAUAUGGAGAAGACGGGCCGAUGAAGACUCAAUCAGGGUCAUUGGCUUUUUUGGGGGGAGCAAAAUCAAACCCACUUGGUCCGACUUUGAUAUUGGGGUCUGUACCAUUGAGAAGGGCAACGCACUCGUCAACACAGCGAUUGACGAUUGUUCAAUCAAGCAUCUGAAGGCGGUUGUCUUGGAUGAGCUCCACAUGAUCGACGAUGAUCACCGCGGAUAUCUCAUGGAGUUGAUGGGGACCAAACUUCUUACCUUGCCUCAGCCGAUACAGAUCAUCGGCAUGAGUGCUACCAUGUCUAACAUCAAUCUCCUGGCCAGUUGGCUCGGGGCUCAUUCGUAUGAGACACGCUACCGCCCAGUGCCGAUCGAAGAACAUCUUGUUUAUGAUGGAAAUGUUUACCCGGCAGCGACGACGAGUGAGCUGCUCAAUACAGCCAGUCGCUUGAAAACAGGAACACAGCCAGCACAACAGGCUUCGAGGGCGGUACGACGGGUUGAGCCAUCGAGCCACAAGGAGUUCCAAGACCCAGUGCUGAACGCCGUUGUCUCACUCGCCAGCGAGACAGCCAGAGCGGGAUACGGAGCUCUGGUAUUUGCCAGCAGUCGUUACGGUUGUGAAUAUGACGCCCGAUGGAUUGCCAGAGUCAUGCCGACGCAGGACGAGCUCGAUCCCGACCUGGUCGAAAAACGUGUAGAUUUACUUGCGGAGCUACGCAGUCUCGGGACGGGUCUUGACCCGGUACUCGAGGAGACGGUGCCCAUGGGUGUGGCAUUCCAUCAGGAACGUGAUCUGAUUGCCAAUGCAUACGACGCCGGUGUUAUCAAAGUGUGCAUAGCCACGUGUAGCCUGGCAGCCGGCAUCAACUUACCGGCACGAAGAGUGAUUCUCCAUAAUGCCCGCAUGGGCCGAGAUUUUGUCGGGCCUUCAAUGCUCCGGCAGAUGCGAGGACGAGCCGGUCGGAAGGGGAAGGACGAAGUCGGAGAGACCUACCUGUGCUGCCGAAAGGACGAUCUCGAGCAGGUAGUCGAGCUCAUGCAUGCCGAAAUGCCCCAGAUCACAAGCGGUCUAAUGACAGACAAACAGCGAAUUCAGAGGGCUUUGCUAGAGGUCAUUGCCGUGAGGUUAGCAACAAGCAGAUGUGCGCUCGACGAGUACGUGAGCAAGACGUUGCUGAGCCACUCUGGCUCUUUCGACUCUCUGCGGAGCUGCGUUGAAGCGAGCCUGCAAAACCUUCAAGCAACCAAUUUUGUGACGACAGAUGUUUGCGGCAACUACCAACCAACGAAACUAGGCAAGGCAAUUGUAGCGUCUGCUCUGGAUCCCGAUGAUGGGGUUUUCAUUCACAAAGAACUGGAGAGGGCACUCCAGGCAUUCGUCAUGGAUGGGGAAAUGCAUAUCCUCUAUACCUUCACCCCUGUUCAGGACUUCGGCCACAACAUCAACUGGCGAGUGUUCCGGAACGAGAUGGAGAACCUUGACGGCAGCGGGCAUCGAGUUCUCGGGUUCCUCGGACUCAAACGUGCUGUGAUCAACCGGCUGGCGCAGGGUAGCACACUGAAAGAAGCGACUGCCGAGGAGAAAGAGACGGCUCGUGUGCACCGUCGGUUCUACAUGGCCUUUGAAUUACGAGACUUGUGCAACGAGAUGCCUAUCCACGCCGUUGCGCGCAAGUACGACGUGCCCCGGGGCGCCGUCCAGACUCUUUCGCAGACGUGCCAUGGGUUUGCAGCUGGGAUGAUCAAGUUCUGCGAACACAUGGGCUGGGGAAUGAUGGCUGCCGCGCUGGAUCACUUUUCGGACAGGUUAAGAGCAGGCGCCAAAGCAGAUUUGCUGGCCUUGGCGCAAAUCACAUUCGUCAAGAGCAGGACAGCGAGAGUUUUCUGGGAAAACGGCUUUCGCAGCGUUGCGGCCGUCGCGAACGCAGACCCCAACGAACUUUUGCCGAUUCUCAUGCAGGCCCAACCGAGUAAACUGCGCAUCAAGGAGCAGGAAAGCAUGAAAUACGAGGAAAAGCUCAUGGCCAAGGCUAAGGUCAUUUCAGACUCGGCCAACCGACUGUGGCAAAUCCAGAUGCAACAGGAGGUCUACGAGGAAGAAUAA